AUGCAAGUGCCAGGGGGCUCUCAAUACUUUUCUGGUGUGGUGACACUGUGUGAUUCCGCGGCUGCGAGUGCCGAGGCAGCAAAGGCGCUCGCGCAGAGAAUCGGUGCGGAAGCUACUGAGGCGAUUCGCUUCGCUCGUGAUGCACUCCAGAGGGUCAACGAGGCGACUCCGCUUGCUGACGAAGCAACCAAGAAGGCCGCGGAUGCCCAGGCCAAGACGGCGGAAGCAGGUCAGAAAGUCAAUGCGAUGGAGACGAACUCUGACACCGAACAGAAGGCAAUGUUGGCCGUGGCUGCUGCGGUUAAGAAUGCACGGCGAGCAGUUGAUAUGGUUGCGAUCUUGAAUACGGACGUCGAUGCGCUGGAGAAAAGUAUUCAACUUGCGGUGGAACACUCGGGGGUUGUGAUGCAGAGCGCGACGGAUACGUCCCGAGAUGUCUUGGCUGCAAAGGAAUACGCACAGAAGGUGGUGUCUAACGCCGCAAGGGCGGAACCGGACCGACAAAGGGCGGAGACUUCCGCCAAACGAGCAGCGGACACUGCCAGCGCCGCCAGGGAAAGGUCUCAAGAAGUGUACGUUAAUAUCGGCAUUGCACUUGAGAAAUCUGAGAAAUUGGGUGGGGACAUCGGCACCGUUGCGGCCCUCCUGGAUACUUUUCGAGCAUCUGCGAUGCGGGCGCGUGAGCAGGCCAACGCGGCCAAAGGUGCGGCGGAGACUGCGCUGGCCCAGGCUGAAGAGGAGUGGCGUCAGGACCCCGCAAAUGGCGAGCUGCCGGUCUUAACCACCACUACCACGACCGCUGCUCCUGGCCCUUCACCCGGGACGGAGACCAGCAGCCCCACCUCCACCGGUUCCCCACCCGCUGGCCCUGCAGGGAGCACGACCAACGCCCCCGCGUCUCCGAACAGCGACGACAACAGCAGCGGGAAGGACGACAGCAGUAUCAGCAGCAAUGGCAAUAACGGCAGCAGCACCAGCGGCAAGGAUGACAGUAACAGCAACGGCAAAGCCGAAAGCAGCAGCAGUAGCAACAGCAAGGAGGGCAUCAGUAUCAGCAGCAACGGCAAGGACGGCAGCAUCACCAGCAGCGGCAAGGAUGACAGCAGUAGCAGCAGCGGCAACAAUGACAGUAACAGCGACGGCAGCAGCAGCAGCAGCGGCAGGGACGGAAGCAGCAGCAGCGGCAAGGACGACAGCAGCAGCAGUCUGAGCGCCACGUGGCUGCGUGCACCGACGCUUCUGUUGCUGUCCCUCCUGGGAGCACUCGCUUUGUGCUGA